UCGCCGGGCCGCCUGACCGCCACCGACGUCACCGUGACUCGCUGUCAUCCAGGCCGCCAGCCGUUCUCAAAAGCCGGCCCUCCCCGCCGCUCCCCAGAGACCGCCAUCCGCCCAAGUCAGACCAUUCCAAAUCGAUCGACCGGCACACCGUCGUUUCUUCUUGCAGAGCUCUCGAGUCUCCCCCCCCCGCUUCCAACACCACCCAGCCUGCACCAUGAGCGCCCCUCAACGCGAAAUCCUUCUUGGCAUCGACACUAUCUCCAAGGACGGCAUCAAAAACUCGCCUGUUCUGCUCUGGACGCUCCGCCAGUUUGUCCGUCCCGGAGACACCAUUCACCUGGUCCACGCAUCCAAGUCACUGGCCACUCCGGCACUCGCCGGCGGGCACGUCACCGACAACAUGAGCAGCGAUGUUCUCCGAGAUAUGGAGCGCACCGUCGAGGACGUUGUCCACCAGGCACUCCCGCUGUACCUUUCCGCCGAAGUGGCAAAGUCCAUCCAGUUGCGUGUUACCAUCCAGAAGGGCGAUCCCCGGGAUGCGCUCCUUCGACUCUCCGAGAGCGCCAGUGUCGUCGCCAUCGUUGUCGGAUCGCGAGGAAUCGGCGCGUUCCAGAGAGCCCUCCAGGGCAGCGUCUCCGACCACCUCGCUCACAACUCCAGCACCAGCGUCAUCAUUGUCAAGACCGACGACUAAAACACACAGCGCCUAUUGUGAUGGAAAGAAUCAGCAAUCGUACCGUGUAUCGCAGCCUGUAACCCGCCAUCCCGACAUCUCUCGGACGUUGAUUACGCACCUUUCGGCCCCGACAGAGCAUAUCGUUGUUUUUGUUUCGGCUUUCGACUUUAGGCUAAACGGGCAAGCUCGGUGUGGUCCUGCAGGCAUAUGGCUGGAUUGCUUGGGUUUCCGGCUGUUUUGAGCAUGUGCAUACCAGUUUGAAUACAUACCAUCCACGAUGUGUUGGAUGCUUUAUUCACA